GGUCAUCAAUCACGCGCGAUCGAGCUGUCUGUGCUCUGGAGGCAGAUGUGUGAUUGGCUGCUGGCGGGCAGGAAACUGAACACGUCCUCGUUAAUGUGAGCGAGACCCCGCGGGCUCCUCAAGAGGACACAAGCGCAUCGUUUGACUCUGAAGUUACACAGCGGCUAUAGAAAGUGUUCCGCUCGGUGAACAACAACUUUUGCGUGAUUCGCGACAAUUCGCGUUUGUUAUCUGGACCUUUAAAUCUGACGCUGUGACGUCAGCGUCACUGGUGUUUAAAACAACGUGCAACUGAGCCAACAUUUGUUAUGAUUUUAUUUAUUUUUUUACUUCAACUUCAGCGCUGCACCACGCUGAAUCUGUGUCACACAGCACUUUUAUGGCUAUUUGUAUUGUUGGUUUGUAUAAGAGACAAACUGAAACAAGAACGGGACGUUUAGCUCCAGUUAAUGGACAUUUUGGUGAUGAACUGAUGACCCGCAGCGGGACUGCAGCUUCCUCUGGACUGGACACUCAUCAUGUCAUUUACACAGUUUGGCUAUUCAUAUCCUGCAGCACCACAGCUUUUAAUGUCUUCUAACACUCUGAGCACCUGCUAUGAGUCUAGUGGUUCACUGCUGGACUCUGGAGUGACAGCUUCUCCUCAAAACACGCUUUAUUGCCCAGUAUAUGAAAGAAGGCUUGUGCCCUCCAGCCAGCAUGACCUGAUCCCUACUGGUGUCUAUGGCAACUCCUGCUCAAAGAGUCACGGUUAUGAUACCUGCAGCACUUAUGAUCCAGAUUCAACCUCAUAUUAUCCACUGGGUAAACUCAGUGAGAAAGAUGGAGUGGCAACAAGACAUUCACAAAUCAGCCAAAGCUCUGCAUACUACCCUUACGAUUACCCAAUUGGACAGUACCAGUAUGACAGAUAUGGGUAUGGAUCUGUAGAUGUGGGCACAAGAAGAAAAAAUGCUACCAGAGAGACCACCAGCACACUGAAAGCAUGGCUGCAGGAGCAUAAAAAGAACCCGUAUCCCACCAAGGGCGAGAAGAUCAUGCUGGCCAUCAUCACAAAGAUGACCCUUACGCAGGUGUCCACCUGGUUCGCCAACGCACGGCGAAGACUCAAGAAGGAAAACAAGAUGACGUGGUCACCACGCAACAAGACCUCAGAUGAGAAAGAGUGCGAUGACGACCAAAAAGAUAUGGACGAGUCACAGGGGGAGCCGAUAAAAACCGAACAAGAAUUCAAUGCUCCAGACAGCCAUGGAAAGGAUGAUGCAGAUCAACUUCACAGCGAUCUGGAAGACUUCGAUCUAGUGGAAUCAGAUGGCUCAGAGUGCGAAUCCAAACCAUCCUUUGUCAUGCGCGUUUGUUCAGAGACCAGAGAAUGUCCAGAUAACCUUUUUAAAAAGGCUUUUCACGAAUCCGUUACCGAGCUCCCGACAGAUGUCCAUGAAUUUAACGAAGACCGUUUAAGACUUACCUCUGAAGACAACCAGACAGUGAACUUCUACCUUCAACAAGGCCAAAAGACCACUGAGACCAAGCCAAAAAUCUGGUCGCUUGCACAGACUGCUACGUCGUUAAACCAAGCCGAUUACAACUCAUGCAUGCUUAAAGGAACUUCGUGCUCUUCUUCAAAGUGUGACUCAGACUCAGACAUAACAAAGAGGAAACAAGAGUCUCCAGUGGCCACUCUUAGAAACUGGGUUGACGGUGUGUUUCACGAUCCUUUAUUCAGGCACACCAACUUAAACCAAACUUUCAGCAACUCCACAGAGUUAUGGACUGAAGGAAUUUCCUUGCAGAAUAACUACCAUGAACACUCAGGACCUAUUACUGCUUCUAAACAUACUUCAUAACUGUGACAGUUUUUUGGGGGGUUAAGCCAUCACAAAAGCAACACGCUAGGUUUGGAAUUUAAUUGUACUAAUGUCUUAAUUAUUAGUUUUAUUCUGUAAGCUGAUGUCAUAUAAGACCUCCUGAAAGUCUGAUGAACUUUAUAUUUAGAGCUUAACAACACAACAAAAUAGAUUUAGGAAGAUUGGCACCUUUUCACUUAAGAAAGAAAAUCUGGUUCUGUCUGUGUUAAAGAAAGUGAUCACUACUGUAUAAUAGCAUGGUACACAGAUUUUCCCCAAUCUGAAGUCUCAGUUACUGAUCUCACAUCCCUAGAAAUAAAGUCAUUUGUGGGAAAAACACCAUGUUCGCUGUCCGUGGUGCUGAAAUUCUCCCAGUUGGUUGCAUUUAUUGUUUAAAUGAGGUUUUUCCAAGUGGAAUCACACAACAUGAUUUUACAUACAUCAAUUACUUGAACCCUUCCACACAAUGUCCUUUAGCACUGUAGGCUAGUUAUAAUCACUCAGUCAUGACAAAUAUAAAUACUCAAGGGGUCUUACUGCUAAACUGUUAACUCAAUGGUACUCCUAAAAGUCGUAGUCAGUGAAGCGUUGUUUUUCAUUGAGUGACUGAUAUGGCAAGCGUUUUUAACAUUUAUCCCUUAAAACUAACUAGUAUCUUAAUAUAGUUGGUAUUUUUACUAGAGCUUUUAUUAGUAGGCUAUUAGUUUUAUUCUACCCGGUCUCAUGGCAUAAACAUACCUGGGUGCACAUUUUAGCUAGACGCGAAAUACGAACCAAUAAGUACGUAUCACUGCAGUUUCCAAAAGAAAUAAACACUAGAGGCAGUAAAACUCCGAAACCUUUUAUUCCUUUUCACACAAAUUUACAGUUUCUCAAUUAAUAAAGCGUAAUUUUGCCAGAAUUACUUGAAGAAU